GUUUUUCUUCUGAAUAAAAUAUUUCUAAUAAAAACUCUUUAUUUCUAUAUCGAAUCACAGGUUAGGUGACUGCGUUAGCCAUUCAAGAAAGUCAUCGGGUGUUAAAAAUAAUCCCGAUUAGACAAAUUUAAUUCUGGCUAAUUCGCAACGGCGAAAAAGGUGUUUUUAAUAAAGAUAAAUCGUAAUAAAAUUCUGAAAAGAGUAUAAAACUCAACGUCUCGUCUUGGAAUGCAGUGAAUAUAAGAAAAUUAUGCUCAAGUGGAAUGUACACCCAUAUACUUUGUUUCAAGUCGACUUUAGGAUUAAGAGAGAGAGACCCUUUUACGGCCUGGGAUUAAACAGGUAAAUUCAGUAGUGGUUUGCACAUCUGGACUACGAUGCUAGACGCACACCUAUAUAGAUGUAUAUGGACAAAAUAGAAGUCGAGGCUCCGCCUAUAUGGAUCCUGUGGUUUCUGCCUUCUUCGCGCCUAUUUGAAAGGCAAAAUGCAUUUCGUGUUGUGAAUGUAUGGGAAUAUUUCUUGAGGCCUGCCUUUUCUCUUUUUUAAAAGAACGAAGGGGGCCGAGCCUGUGACCAAUAAUAUAAACCGGUUGAACCAGUCGUUGAAUCGAUAGCGUGAUUUCUUUUUCAUUUUUUCCUCUUCUUUUCUUCACUAUAAAGAAUGAAAAAAAAAAUGAAGAAAGAGCUUCAAAUAAAAAAAGGGCCGCUAAGUCCUUUCAAAAAUGGUGGACGAAAAAAAAUUCGAUGAAACUUUUUUCUACAAUGGAGCCUUAUUCGAAAUCAACUUUGAAAAUUAUAGCUCAACUGAAAAUUCGAAAUUUCAACGUGAAAGGAGAAAAUUAAACAAAAACAGAUUAAGAAAAAUGUAUUGAAUAAAUAAUCCAUUGUUAUGCUGAUUUUAAUUGUCGCAAUGACUAUAUCGAUAUAUAAUAAGGACAAGGAUGAAAAACAAUAAUAUUAUGGAAGACGGAAAAAGACAAAAAAAAUUAAUUUUUCUAUUUAGAAGAAUAGAAAUCAUGUGGGAGUAACAGCUCGAGGGACAACAAAACUUUUGCCCACUGAUUCUAAACAAACACAAAAAUUUGUCGUUGGUGAUUACGAUGGAAUCGUUCACAUUUAUGGAAUGAAGAAAAACGAAUUGCAGCUAAUUUUCAAAUCAUUACCGGGACCAAAAAUAAAUGGAUUAAUAUUGGGUGGUGCUGUCGACAUGAUACGUGAUAAAAUUUUUAUAUGUCACAGCAAUACAGUGAAAGGAUUUUCGAAAAAGGGAAAACUUUUUCUCGAUUUUGAUACGAGCCUUCUUGACGAUAUUACCGCAAUUUACGUUUUGGGACCAGAUUUGGCAGCUUGCUCUCGAGAUGUUUAUCAUCGUUAUCGGGAUUGCAAGGAUGCAGAUUCUUAUUUAGUUGGCGAACGACUUCUCGAUGUUGUUCUACUUCCGGCGGAGGGACUUGCUGUUUAUACAGUUUUAGCCUGCAGUGAUUGCGCUGUAAGAGUCCUGUACGGAACGAAAAGUCCAACAAUAAUUAGAUUACCAAGUGUGCCAUCAAUUUUGAAAUUAUUCAGGGAAGAUAAUGUAUUAUCAAGGAAUCACGUUUUAAUGGGAACUUUAGAUGGAAAAGUAGGUCUUUUAAUUCUAGAAACCAAUAAAACCGUACGUGUCACGUGGCUAUUAAAUGAUUCGAGUUCAGAAAUUACCGCUUUAGAUACUUACGUUUUACAAGAUACUCUGGAUUUUAUCGUGGGAAGGCAAAAUGGAAUUGUCGAGGUUUUCGCCUUUCCCACCGACGAGGAAGCAACUCCAACUUUACGAUUCCGUUAUAAUUGUGGCGAAAGUGUGAGCAGUUUAAAUGGCGGUGUCGUGGGAGCAAUUGGCUUUUCAGAAAUUCUGGUAACAACUUAUUCGGGAAGAAUUUUCGGUCUCUCGACAAAACCACCGGGAUUAAUGGAGGCAAUGCAAAAUCAGGCGAGCAUUUCAAAAUUAGAACAAGAAAUCGAACAAUUGCAAUUGAAAUUAACUGAGGAAAGGGAUACAUCUAAUUAUGUCGCUGAAAAUCUUGUUCCUUUGGUUCUAUCCGUAAAUUACAGAAUGGCCCUUAAUAAAGCUGACACUUCAUAUUCGUUAUCGGUCGAGCUGGAUACGGCAAUAGACAAUGUUUUAAUUCAAUCUGACGCUCCUAUUGAACUUUUGGAUGUUGAAAGUAAUAAUGCAGUGGCUAGUUUAUCAAUUUGUGAUCCCAAUGAGGGAAAUUAUGUUUUAGCAACUUAUCGAUGCCAAAUAAAUACAAAAAUGCUGGAAAUGAGAAUAAGGACCAUAGAAGGACAAUCUGGAACUUUACAAGUUUACGUAACGUCUGACGUUCAGCCGAAAUGUUGUCGAAAAAUAAUAAUUCCAAUUUAUGCCCUUUCACUGCACACGAGAUUGCAUGAAGAAGAAACACCAAUUGGCGGACCAUUCAAUGAAUUAAAAUUAAAUGGAAAUUAUUCCGUUGCCGAGAUGCACGCGUGGCUUUCUCUUGUUUUACCAGAAGCUCCAGAAAGACCAUUUCUACAAGAAGGCGAGGCAACAUUAACCUACACGUCAUGUUUUAUUGGAACAAAUCUCAAAUGCAUUUAUAAAAAAGGAAGUGCAACUUUUCUCAGUGAAAAUAUUUCAACAAUUAUCAUUCUUCGCGAUGUUCUUACUAAAGAGGCCACCAAACGGAAAAUGAAACUCGACGUUUUUUGCGAAGUAUCGGAGGCGAGUUUAACGAGAGUAUUGGAAAUAAUUCUGCCACGAAUAAAAACUGCUCACGAUUUAACGGAGAAAACAAUGAUUCUCGAUGCCCUUGAAUAUUGGGAGUUGAAGGAGAAUCCAAAGAAAAAUCUUGGCACAGAAUAUCAGGAAAUUGUGAAAAAUGAAUUAAAUAUCAGGGCUCAGAUGAUUAAUAAUAAGGACAUAUUGCAAAGACUCAAUGCUGUUGUCAUAGAUCUUUAUGUCGAUUGGCAGCGAGCAAAAGGCUCUCACAGGAUCACUAAUCGUGUUGCAUCGGGAAAAUUGGACUCAGCUCUCAAAUCGAUGGACUUGAGAGAAAUUCUUCAAAUAUUUCUCGAUCGAGACAUUCCCUGUGAUAUAGAAAAUCUUCCAAGUGCCUCAAGGGAUCAAAGCUAAAUGUUAAAGUAAAUAUAAAAAAAAAUAUUACUAAUUCAAUUUAAAUUUGCGAGUCAAAUUUAAGGAUUAUUACUUAAUAUUUCUCUCUCCAAAAUUUUAAAGUAAAAAAAGUUGCAAUUUUUUUCAACGACAAAUUCAUAA